CCGGCAGGGUAGAAGCACUGCAGCCUGCAGGAAGGCGCUGAGGCCUCAGGAUCACACCGGCAGCUCCUCUGCAGCCCCGGCUCCUCGCUGUGCAUCUGAGCAGACCAUGGCCAGCCCUCUGUGUGCCCCACUGCUCCUGCUGGCCAUCCUGGCCGUGACCCUGGCCGUGACCCUGGCCAAGACCGUGGCCAAGAGCUCCAAACGUUCGGGCGGCAUCGAGGAAGCAGAUGUCAGUGAUGAGGAAGUGCAGCAGGCGCUGGACUUGCCAUCAGCAAAGACAACGAGGAGAGCAAUGACGUGUACUACAGCCGAGUGCGGCAGGUGUGCGUGCCCGCCAGCAGGAAAAGCUCUGCUCUUUUGAGAUCUACAGUGUUCGCUGGGAGGAUUCAGUGACCUUGGCGAGGUCCAGCUGUGAGAAGGUCUAGGGGUCUGUGCCAGGCUGGGCUGCACCCAGCCCCUCUUCCCCACACUCACAGCUCCCUGUAGUGCUCCCUAGCCCGGGAUGGAGGCCCUGCCCGGGCGCAGGUCUCCCCUGUGCACCAGCGCCGGGAGGGAGGCAAAUGGAGAAGGCUUCGGAGGCCUUUGUUGAACAGCCACGUGGCUCUACCUGUUCCUCUCUCCCUACCGCUUCUCAAAUUUGCUGGUCGUGGUGCACACGCUCUGCUCCUAACAAUCCUGAAAUUAAAA